GCUUCUCAUCACCGAGAGAUUGAGCGGAGAAAAACCAAAGCGAAGGAGGCCAUGCCCGCCAUGGCGUUCAUCUCCUUCUCCUCAUUCUCGUUUCCUACCCAUACUUCUCAUCAUCUUCUAAGACCUAAUCUCCUCCCACGAUCUCUGAAUCCAAUGCUUUCUCUCCCGAAGCUCCAAAGACGACAGCUUUUUUCUCGCAUUUGUUGCUCCACUGCCAAUAAGCCUGAUUUCAGCUCAACAACCAAGAUAAGAAGUGAAGUUCUUUCCCCUUUCCGUUCAGUUCGGAUGUUCUUCUAUCUUGCUUUUAUUGCGAGUGGCUCUCUAGGAGGUCUGAUCGCCUUGACACAGUUAAUUGGAGCUCUAUCAAAUCCUGCAAAAGCAGUUGGAGUUCCAGACAUUCUAAAAGGACUUGGCAUAGAUAUAGCAGCAGUUAUACUUUUUGCUUUUCUUUAUUCAAGGGAGAGCAAUGCGAAAAAUGCACAAUUGGAGAAGCUCUCGAGGGAAGAAAACCUCUCAACUUUGAAAUUGCGUGUGGACGAGAAAAGGAUCAUUCCUGUCAGUGCUCUAAGAGGAGUUGCUCGCCUUGUUAUCCUUGCUGGUCCUUCGUCUUACCUCAUUGAGUCUUUCACACGUAGCAAACCUUUCACUGAAGCACUUCUUGAACGAGCUGUAUUAGUGGUGCCAUUUUCUACUGACGGUGAAAAACCUGAUUUUGAAUUUGAAGAGAACGAUGAUCCGAAAAGGAAGCGAUUGUGGCAGCUUACACCAGUUUACACUUCUGAAUGGACCAGGUGGAUGGAGGAGCAGAAGAAACUUGCUAAUGUCCCAAUUGAUUCUCCGGUGUAUCUCUCAUUACGAAUCGAUGGUCGUGUUCGUGGGAGUGGCGUCGGGUAUCCUCCAUGGAAUGCUUUCGUCGCACAAUUGCCACCAAUGAAGGGAAUGUGGUCAGGUCUUCUUGAUGGCAUGGAUGGAAGAGUCCUUUAAGAAUGCAUUCUCUUCUGUGUAUAUAAGAAAAACAAAGCUGAUCAAAACCGUAUUUCGGUACGAGAAACAUAAGGAUAAAAUGCGAAGUUCUUGAAGAAGCCGGAGCUCUGAUACGAGACAUCGGCGAAGUACCGGAGCUAUAUAGUUGCAUACUAGUCGAGAAUUAUAGUUUGUAUGACCAAUGUGUACUAAACUGAAGGUGUUGUAAAUUUGUAGAGUCGAUAUUUUGUAAUUCAAAAAUCAUCAAUGUAUGUUAUUUUUCUCCGACUAAUGAUACUUUACGACUUUUAUAAAAGAGUUUUUGUGAAGAUUUAACGCGAUUUCCGUUUGAA